AUGUUAGAGUAUCGUUAAAAUAACAUUUAAGUGGUAGUAAGAGUAAAGCCAGAGUAGGGUUGUAUUAAGGUUGACGAGUGCGAUUCGACCGUAUUAUUGAUAUCGAACAAGCAAUAUCACUACGAUCAUGUGAUUCCUCCAAGUGCUUCAUAAUAGGAUGUCUUCACCUUGAUAGGAUAACCACUGAUCAACAAUGCUUUACAAGGGUACAAUGGGUGUGUCUUUGCUUAUGGCCAAACAGGCAGUGGCAAAACUCAUACAUUGAUCGGGAAUAAUGAUGGGUUGCUGCCUUAGUGUUUGCAGUACAUAUUUGCUUGUUCUAUUGAGGAUCCCAAUGUCAUCAUCAAGGGUUCAUAUUUAGAAAUCUACAAUGAGUAAAUAUUUGAUUUGCUCUCUUCCUCCUCGAAUUCAUUACAAAUACGAGAAGAUCCUAAGAAAGGCAUCUAUGUUGAAAAUUUGAAUGCAGCUGUGAUCUCAAAUUAUGAUGAAGCAAUAGCCUUAUUGAGAAAGGGCAAUUCGACCAGACACAUUGCAGCUACAAAAAUGAAUAGUGAAAGUUCAAGAAGUCACGCAGUAUUUUUAAUUCAAUAUUCUACUUCAAUUUAAUAAGAAAAAUGCGAAGUUCAUUUAUAUUCAAAAAUGUACUUUGUUGAUCUAGCUGGCUCAGAACGUCAGAAGACUGCACAAACUGAAGGGUAAAGAUUAAAGGAAACCCAAGCCAUUAAUAAAAGCCUGACUCAGCUCGGAUUGGUCAUUUAUGCAAUCGUAGAGAGAGAAAAAGGAAAUAAUAAAAUUCAUAUUCCCUUCAGAGAUUCCAAACUUACCACUCUAUUGAAGGAUUCCCUUGGAGGCAAUUCAAAGACAUUCAUGGUGGCUGCUGUCAAUCCAUUGCAUGAGGAGGAAAGCAUUUCGACUUUGAAAUUUGCAGAGAGGGUUAAACAAAUAAAAGUCAAGGCUCAUGUCAAUAAGGAGUAUUCAGGAGAAGAGAUUACCAAGCUGAAUCUCCAGAUCUCUUAACUGAAGGAAGAAUUAGCCAAAAAAACAAGGGAAUUAGAAAACGUAUAGCCAAGUGAUGCCUUGUAAUCUUAAUUGCAUAUGUAAUUUGAUGAGAUACAGAAAUUGCUUCAAUAGAUCCAUUAAAGUGCUAUGCAAAUGGAACUGGAAACUGUUGAGGGACAAUUGCAGGAGUAUGCUGAAAAGAAGAGCUAUAUCGUUUAGAUUUUGAAGUCUCUGAAUUUAUCAUUUAAAGAAGAGGAAACUACUAAUUACUAAACGUUGAAUGAGAAUAUUGAGUAUUAAAAUAAGUUGAAAAUACAGUUAUUACAAUAGGAAGAUGUUAUUUAUAAGUUGUAAAAAAAGAAAAAGGAGUUGGAAUAAAGCAUUAGUGAUCAAUAGUAGGCUCACAAGACUAUACUAGCUUCUACUUUGAGAGGAUUUGAAGAUCAAAUGAAAAUGAAAGAUUAUCUGUAUGAUUAGAUCAAAGAGGAUUUCGAUUAGAUGGAAGUCUCUAAAUUAUCAUUAUAACACUAAUACGAUGGAUUGAAAGAAGAAGUUCAAUAAUAUAUCGAGAAAAUUGAACAGAUGCAAAUUCAAUUAUUUCAAAAUUAAUAGAAUCAAUCCAGUAUCUAUGAGGAGAAGGAUUAGAAUAUCUAAAAACUAGAUUCAGAUUUGUAGAAAUAAAUUGAAUACAAUUCUUAAUUGAGAUUGCAAUUAGAAUAAAUUCAUGUGGAAAUUUAUCAAAAUAAUUAGUCAUUCUAGGCUGAAACUAAUCAAUUAAAUGCUUAAAUUGAAUAGUAGCAAUUAGAAAUUAAUAGGUUGUCAGAAUAUGUCUAAAAAUUAGAGGAUGAAAAUAUCAAUAUCAAAUAAAAUAAUGACUUCAAAAGAGAAUACGAUCAGUUGACAUAACAAUAUUCUAAUCUCAAAACUUAAUAUCAGCAUUUAGAAUAAGAACUGAAAUCAUUACAAACUGAAAAUUAAUACAAUUUGAGUGUGAUAGAAAAUCUGGAAAUGUCAAUUAAAUCCUUCGAAUUAUUUGAAGAUAAUUGGAAACAAGAAAAUUAAUUAUACAGAAAUACUAUUUUAGAAUUGCAAGAGUAAUUAAAUUAAAAAUAAGAAAUAUUCCUGCAUAUUCAAAAGUCAUUCAAAUUAGAUAACUGCGAAAACAUUAUUAAUGAAUUGAACAAUAAAACCAACCAACUCCAUAGAAAUGAAUAGAAAUUAAGAUAAGAAAUCUCAUAAUUGAAGUCAGAAUAGUAAUUGUACAUCUAAAAAUUACAAAUAAGAGAUUAAACUAUAUCUGAUUUGUAAAAUGAAUUAUAAGAUUUACAAAAGACUCAUAGAUCAAGUGAAGUGCAAAAGUAAAUUGAAUAAAAUGAAAAAACAUAAAGUCAAAGGUAAUUGGAAUAAAAGAUUGCAACCUUGAAAUUAGAAUAUGAUAAAAUUAACAAAUCUAAAAAUGCUCUAUUAGUGGAGUAUACUAAAUUAGAGAACAAUCAAAAGGAAUUUGAAUCAUUUUUAUUAAUCCUCGAAAAGAAACUCUAAGAUUAUGUGUCCAAUACAUUUAGAAAAAAUAGAGUCAUGAGUUAAGAGUAAUAGAUAUUAUAUUUGAAAACAACUCAAAUCAAGUAAUCCAAAUUUGUAAUCAUUGAGGCUCUAGUUGACAUAGUCAUUGUAAUUUAUAUCAUAAUAAUUUUAGCUAGAUACAAUUGAUAGGUAAAUAAGAACCUUUUCCCAAAUAAGAAUAAAUUGAUUAAUGUUUUAUACUAACUAAUUUUUACAAUAUUAUUAACAUUCUACUUUAUUUCAAUUAAUAUCUUUAUAUUCCAUAUAUAAAGAACCAAAAAUAGAAAGGAAAUGUUAUGAAAAAUAUAAUUAGUAUAAUUAAAUAUUAAUUCGCAACAAAAAAGAUAAUUGGGUUGGGAAGCCCAUUGUUAGAUAUUUAAGCUGAAGUAUCAUUGCAAUUCCUAGAAAAAUAUGGAUUAAAAUUAAAUAAUACAUAUUUUGCAGAGAAAAAGCAUAUUGAAUUAUAUGAAGAAUUGAUCAAAAUUCCAUCUCAUUCUCACGUUCCUGGUGGUAUGCUAAUUUUCUUAAUCGUAGGGUCUGCUUUGAAUACUAUUAGAUUGGCUAGAUGGAUGGCAUAGGCUGAAAAGGAUUAAGUGAAAUUUAUCGGAUGCGUGGGAAAAUAGGAUAAAUUUGCAUAAAUGCUGAUUGAAACAACAAACCAAGAUGGAGUUACAGCUUUAUUUGAUGAACAAUCAUAUCCAACUGGGAAAUGUGCUGUUCUCUUAUGUAAUAAGGACAGGUAGUAAAAUCAAUAUGUUUAGAUGCCUGGUACCUCUGAUAGGAGCAUCUGCUCAUUUGAGUUAAGAAUUUGUUGAAAAGCACAUAGAGGAGGUUAAAACAGCAGCUGUAUUAUUUUGUGAGGUUUAUUUCCUAUAUCCGAGAGCUGAAUUAACAAAAUAUGUCUUCAAAGUUGCAUAAGAAAGUAAUGUACAUACUUGUCUUUCAUUGUCCAGUGUAAAUGCAGUGAAUGAUAGAUUUAAUGAAAUAUUAGCAGUCUUGCCUUAUGUUGAUUAUUUAUUUGGAAAUGAGGAAGAAGUAGGAUAAUUUGGAAAAAAUUUUGGCUGUAGAUUUGGCCUAUAGGAAUCUAUGCUAAGAAUUGCAGAGUUUAGCAAAGUAGGUCCUAAAGAUAGAGUGGUUGUCUGUACACAAGGUCACAAACCUACAUUAAUUGCUAAGAAAAACGAGCUUCUAAAUAUUUAAGUAGAAUCAGUAGAUCCUUAAAAGAUAGUCGAUACCAAUAGUGCGGGGGACUCAUUUUGUGGAGGGUAUUUUAUAUUAAUAUAUCAAAGGUUUAUAGCAGAAUUGUUAAAUGGGGCUGAUUUAAUUAAAUGUGUAAGAGCCGGAAAUUAUUCUGCAGCUUAAACUAUUUAGCAUGAAGGUAGCACUAUACCAAAGUAUCAACCUGAUAGAAGCUGGUGACAAGGAG